AUGUGUAAAUAUGUUUUGGAUGCUGUAUGUUAUGAGUUUGUUGAUGGAGCUUUCAGCUGGGAGGAGGCCAGGAUGAGCUGUGAAAAUCAAAAAGGGGACCUGCUGAAGGAGAUGAGCAGCCAACAAAAACUAUUUCUGCAAAAUACCAAGAAAGACUCAAACACCACAGAGCAGAGCUGGUGGCUCGGAGCGCGGCUGCAAAGUGAAUAUAAAGAAAUCAGAGAGGGGGAAAAUGUGGACAGUACCAGUGUUUCCUGCACGUACCUGAAGUUGAAUCCUCUGCAGCUCAUCACUACAGCCAACUGUGAUGAGGAACAUGGCUUUCUCUGCACCCAUAGCAUUUACAAGGCAUCUGAGCAGGAGAAUUCAUUUAAAUGGAGCCAUAGAAGCCAUUCACGACACAGAAGAGCUGCCAUAAAUGACACCCUUGAUGAUGUUGAGCGUAUAUUGCGAGGUUUUGAACAACAUUAUGGAGAGCCUUCAGCAGCAAACAGAUCUAUCGUAAUACCAAAAAUAAUGGAAGCAGCUCAGGCUCUGGAGCCUCCUAUUCACAACCACACUGUGUCUCGCAUCCUCAACUGCACCACUGCUGUCCUGACCCUGUCACUGACGAGAUGCAAUCUUGACUCUGUAACCAAUCCCACUGUAUGUUCACAUCACUAA